AAACCUAUCUGCUUACAGUGCCUGUCUUCUCACAGUCUUAUCAGCCUCUAGCAAGAAAUCAUGGGCAGACAGAAGGUGUAUUUGGACAAACUCUCCAGGUUCUUCCAGAUCCGCAACCUGCUGCUUCGCCAGGCCCUGGCAGAGUGUCUUGGCACUCUCAUCCUUGUGAUGUUUGGCUGCGGUGCUGUGGCCCAGCUGGUGUUGAGCGGUGGUUCCCAUGGCAUGUUCCUCACAGUCAACUUUGCCUUCGGCUUUGCUGCCAUGUUAGGCAUCCUGGUCUGUGGCCAGGUAUCAGGUGGCCAUCUGAACCCCGCUGUGACCUUUGCCCUGUGCCUGCUCGGAAGAGAGCGCUGGAGAAAGUUUCCCAUGUACUUCCUCUUUCAGACAAUUGGUGCUUUUUUUGGUGCUGCCAUCAUUUUCGGCAUGUACUACGAUGCCCUGUGGGACCAUCCUGGAUGUUUCAAUGUGACUGGGCCUAAAGCCACAGCUGGCAUCUUUGCUACCUACCCUGGAAAGCAUCUCACCCUUGUCAACGGCUUCUUUGAUCAGAUCAUUGGCACGGCAGCACUGAUUGUUUGCAUUCUGGCUAUUGUGGAUCCAUACAACAACCCCAUCCCCCAAGGACUGGAGGCCUUCACUGUGGGAUUUGUGGUUCUGGUCAUUGGAUUGUCUAUGGGAUUUAAUUCUGGCUAUGCUGUCAAUCCUGCCAGAGACCUCGGACCACGUCUUUUCACAGCCAUGGCUGGGUGGGGCAGUGAAGUUUUCACGGUGAGGAAGGGCUGGUUCCUGGUGCCAGUUUUUGCCCCAUUCCUUGGCACUAUCAUCGGUGUGAUGAUCUACCAGCUGAUGGUUGGCUUCCACAUGGAGGGAGAAGCACGUGACCAGAAGAGGGCAGAAGAGGAGAAUGUCCGACUCACCAAUAUCACCUCCAACGACAAACCCAAAGACACUUCCAAAGAGAUGCUCUGAGUGCGUUAGAGAGUUACACACUCUUACACAUGCACAUUUUGUAAAUACCAAUACACACCAGCAUUUUUCCUUCCAGCCACAACUGUUUUUUUCCAAACCCCCUUCACAGCUGUUGAGGAAUCUCCCAAAAUAGCUGUGUGUUUGUGAAAACAGGCCACUUUCUUUACAUUAUCAUAUGAUUGUAUUAUAUUGUAGAGGAACGAUUGUGGGUGAGCGCGGAGGGGAGAAACACAACUUCAGAAACACAGAAUUACAUUAAUUCUUUUAGGAGAUCGACAUUUGGAUCUUAGUGUCUCCAGUUUGAACAGUAUUGUAUGCUUUUACCAGUGGUUUUAUGUAACUUUUUUUAAUAUAAUUUUACAUAGUAAAUGUAUUUAAUCAGAUAUAUGUCUUUUCAAGUCACUAACAAUGCAGUCCAAAACCUUUCACUGUCAACAUCUGAAUCAGGGAAAUUGUUAGAAGAUUGGAAAAUUAAAAUGUCAAACUCCAGCCUAAAGUCCAAAUAUUGAAGAAUAUUGUACAUUUUAAGUACAGUAUGGGAAAUGAUGCAAUCAAUGUAGACUACGUCAACUCUGUUGUUUAGAGCUGACACAUGGUGGUGAAGCUAAAUCCUUCCCACAGCAUUCCUCCCUUCACCACGGCUAUACAAGAGCAGCUAUAUUAAAGCUACUGGCUUUUUAUAGACACUCUUUUGCCCCGUUAAAAUCCUAACCAGCAAUCCUUAAACAAACUUGAUCAUUUCCCCUUUGUAUCAACCAAAUGUUGUCAGAAGAAGCCUUCUAGUUUUAAUGCUUGAAAAUAUCAGAAGUGUGUUAACAAAUGACAAUGUACAGCACAAUAUUAACAAUCUAUCUUAAAACUGUAAUUUAGUUUAUGCCUAAUGAUGUGUUUGUACCUUGUGUAUGGUCGGGUGCUAGACUGUGAGCACCCUGGUGGAUUGUAUGUAGGUUGAGGGGAAAUGUUUUUGUACUGAUACAAUAAAGUUCUGCUUUUCAUUGUUGCAUGAA